ACCAAACAAUUUUGUUUUACUGCGGGCGGGAAGAAAAGAAAUUGAGAAUUUAAGAUAUUACCAGAUAAUUUGCAGGCCUAUUUAAUCUUAUCGGCAAUAUAGAAGGUUAUGUUGUCAUGCGAAAAAGUUAUGAAAUGAAUUUAAAAGGAUUAGAUUUGUUUUUGUUGACAAAACUAACAUCCCACCAGGUUGAUCAUGUGACAUGUUUGGAGUGUUGUAAAUACUACAUAGCGCCUGAGACGGCCCCGUGUGGCCACUCGCUCUGCCACACUUGCUGGCGGGGCCGGCGUACCUGCCCCUCCUGCUCUGCUCCAUUCGAAAAGAAGUCCUUGAAACUGAACCUGCCUCUACAGAACCUCACCGAACACAUACACACACUUGGUGAAGCAUUUGAAAAGGUGUUCAAUGUGAAAUUGGAUGAAUUUGUCCUUGAUAUAAGCAGCAAUGAACUAGAAUCAGAAAAUCAUGCUACUAAAAAUGUGAAAGAUUGGUUAUCCAGCUCCCAAAACCAAUUUUCAGCGCCAGUACUAAGUUCUGAACAAUUUCCAGAAGAAGUUAAUAAUCAAAUUGAGAUUUCAAAAAGCAAAGUUCAGUUACAUGUGGAAUCAAAAAAAAGUGUAAGUCCUGCAAAAGUGGUUUAUGUCCAACCACCCCAAGAUGAUUGGGACAAAAUUGAACAAUUGCCAGAUACAGAAGAACUUUGUCUAAAUAACAAAGAAAAUAGUACUAAUCAUACAAACAAACCAUUUGACCAAAACAAAGAGUAUUCCAUGGAAAAUCCUAGGAGAAGUUCAAGGAAAAAGGAGUUAGGUUCAACUGAUCCAACAAAUAAAUCUCAUGAAGUGAUAACUGAAAAACAUAACAGUUCUAAGAACUCAAGUUCUGAAACAGAAAAGAAAUCCAGUAUGGCCAAACAAAACUGGAGUAGUGUAAAGAGAAUGAGAAGGGAAUUCAGCAAACUUAAUAAAAAGAAUAGAAGUAAAUUAAAUGUUUCAAUUGAAAUGUGUAAAAAAACUCAAAGCACUGCUAAACAAAACAUCGAUUUGUUAGGUCAUGUAAAAACAAGUGACAAAGAAUCUCAGCCAGCCAUUUAUACUAUAGAAGACAAUACACCUGAUAUAAAUGACAAUAUUAAUCAAGAACUUGUUCCUGUGUUUUCACCCAACAAGGACCAUGAAAAUAAGGAAAGCUCAAAAUGUCCUACCCCCCCUUUAGUAGAUAUGAACCCAAUAAAAUGUUCUUCUAAUGAAAACCAUCCUGUCAAAAAUAGUAGAAGUAACAUCUUGACUCACGAACCUAGGAUUUCAAAAGACGACAACAAUAAAGAUAUUCAGGCUACAGUUGUAAAAAUGCCAUUUAUCAAAAAAGGUGUAUUACGUCCACAACAAAAUGAAACAGAAAAAAUAUGUAAUCCAGCUAUCAACAUAAAUGGAAACCUUAUCCCAGACAGUGGUAAUGGGGAUGAUAUACAAAUAACUAUAAAAAUAGGAAAUACUUUGACAAAUAUUACUAUAAAAAAGAAGAACAAUGAUGUACAGCUAAGAGUAAAUACUGAUCGUGAGGUUCAGACGUCCCUGGAUUCUAAUGGUCUUCUGAGCAAAAACAUUGGGACUAAUAGUGAAAAUAGUAAAUCACAAAACAUAGAAAUAAACAUAGGUCAAGAUAAUAAAAUUACAGCUACUACUAGCGUGGCUGAAGUCGAAUCUGUAAAAAUUAACAAGGAAUGUAACAAAUUUUUGAAUAAAACUACUUCAACUAAAAAAAAUACCGCAUCCGCCGACACGGCUACAGCACAAUUUGAAAUUACCGAAAGUGUUGAAAAAGAGUUAUCAAACAUAAUGGAAUGUGUCGAAGUUGUUGAUAGUAACACUGAAAAUAAUACUGAAAAUGAGAAUGUGGCUGCAGCCAACAAAAAAUUACAACAAGCUACUAAUGCUCAAAAUCAAGAUGAUGAACGUGAUGAAGACUACAUCAAUGAUCUCGACAUUUUCGACAAUGGAUCAGUUCAUGAACAACAUGUAGAGAUGUUAAGUAAGAGUAAACACGCGCCUUCUGAAAUAAUUAUGACUACUGUUAAAACAACAAAAACUCAAAUCCAAAAACAGCCUGACAAACGCGAUAGGGAUGGGAAUGAUGAAGAUGAUGAACCUAGUGCUAAAAAAGUUAAAACUGUUGAUAUUGAUAAAGAAGAAGAAACUUUAACUAAUACUUUAAUAAAUACAGGUAACAAAGAAAUACAGCAUAGUGAGUCAAUCAAUUACGACGUUGUUAUGGGUCAGGUUUUUGCUAGUAUAGAUGCGGAUAUUGAAAUGAGCCAAAAGACCGCGAAGCAGAAAAAAGGCGAAAUUGUUUCUAGUAAUGAAAUAUUGCAGUCUCAAUGUUUCCAGAGCAAAACACAAACUAAAGGCAAGCAACCACUGAGUACGCAGAAUACUAAUAAAGUAAAUAUUCAGGCCAAUGUGAAAGACAUUAACGACAAAUACAGUGAAAAUGUUUUUUCGAUCAUAGAGAAAGAAGAUGAAAUUGAUGACAAUAUAACUAAAAAGGCUUAUGAAAAAGGCGGAUCUACGCAACGCCACAUAGAAAAUCUACUAACUCCAGGUAUGUGCCAAGACCUCAUAAACACCAAUGAGGAGAAUUUGGAGCUGGCUGGUAAAACUCAGUGCACACCAUUCCAAGAUGAUGACUCAGAUAAAAGUGUUGUUGAAGAAACACCACAAAAGAAUGUUUCUAUCCCGAAGCAGAAGAGCAUUAGUGAAUUCAAUAACAACACUAGUAAGAAGCAGAGUGUUGCAGGCGUGACGAAAACAACUUCCAAUGUUUCACAAGUCGCAAGAAGCGUUAUAAACGUCUCGGAUACCACUUUAGUGGACGGAACUAAAGAUCAAACUAUCGUAGAACCUGCGAAAAAGCAUACAUUAGAAACUCCGCUUACGAUAAACAAGUUUGUUGAUCAUAUAAAACACAAUUCUACACCUGUUGCCAGAAAGUCGUUGAACUUUGAAAAUACUGAAGAUGUCGACCCUACGCAGUGCUCUAGUACUAUAGCUCCUAAAACGACACAAGAAAGGGAAUUUAUGAGUAAAGCUUUCGAAAACACCCAAAAACCGCCUGUUCGGAGACCAUCGACGUCAAAACAAGAAGAAAACUAUUGCAUUGCCGGGUCAUGUUUGACUGCACCUGAGAUCGCUAACGUCAAACUGUUGUGUAAGAGACGCAACUGGAAAUACAUGGAUAAGUACACAAGAGAAUUAACACAUUUAGUAGUAGGAGUAGAUGAAGAAAACAGAUCACAAAGAUCCGUCAAAUACAUGUGCGCCCUGGCGGCUUCGAAGUGGAUAGUGUGUUACGAGUGGGUGACAGCCUGUCUAAUGACCGGUGUGGUUGCGGGAGAAAAUCUGUACGAAGCGCUGGACGGCACCGGCGAGCCGGGCCCGCGGCGCUCGCGCACGGCGAAGAGCAAACUGUUCGAGGGAAUCACCUUCUACUGCAUGCCUCCUUUCAGCGUGUUGGACGUCGGCGCUUUGAAGGAGAUGCUACAAUCGGCUGGCGGGCGCGUGGUGGCCGAGGUGAAGGCAGUGCGCGCGGUGUCCGACGCGCCCGCGCUCUUGCUGGCCGAGCCCGAGCACACGCAAGAAGAUAGAUUUAGGCUACAAUCGGCUGGCGGGCGCGUGGUGGCCGAGGUGAAGGCAGUGCGCGCGGUUUCCGACGCGCCCGCUCUCUUGCUGGCCGAGCCCGAGCACACGCAAGAGGAUAGAUUCGUGUGUAAGUGCCAACCGACAGUGGACCUUAUCUAG